AUGUUUGGACCUUAUUUACUUUUACAGACUCUGGGGGAAGGUGAAUUUGGCAAAGUGAAGCUAGGCAUGCACGCCGACACGCACGAAGAGGUUGCAAUCAAGCUCAUACGGAAGGAGUCUGUAGAGAGUCAAUCCCGUAUGCAAAAAAUACAACGAGAGAUUGGAGUGUUACAGAGCGUCAUGCACCCGAAUAUUGUCAAACUAUAUGACGUAUUUGAAACAGAUAAAUAUAUUGGGAUUAUCAUGGAAUAUGCGUCAGGCGGUGAAUUGUUUGAUCAUAUACUGGCGCAUCGAUAUCUCAAAGAAAGGGACGCCUGCCGACUGUUUGCCCAAUUGAUCAGCGGAGUCAAUUAUCUACAUAAGAAGCAUAUUGUGCAUCGUGAUCUCAAACUAGAAAAUCUUCUGCUGGACCGCAAUCGAAAUAUCAUUAUUACUGAUUUCGGUUUUGCAAAUCAGUUCGACAACGCUAAAGAUGAUCUUAUGGCUACUUCAUGUGGUAGUCCUUGUUAUGCGGCACCUGAAUUAGUUAUCAGUGAAGGGUUAUAUGUCGGAAGUGCGGUGGAUAUAUGGAGUUGUGGAGUAAUAUUGUACGCUAUGUUAUCGGGAUAUCUUCCAUUCGAUGACGAUCCUGAAAAUCCAGAUGGUGAGAAUAUCAACCUAUUGUACAAAUAUAUUAUCAACACACCGUUAGUUUUCCCCGACUAUGUAAGCCCGGAUGCGAGAGAUUUGUUGAGGAAAAUGCUAGUACCCGAUCCCGCUAAAAGAUGUGAUAUGAAAGUUAUUAUGUCUCACAGAUGGCUUGCUGCGUAUACGUAUAUGUUUCAAUAUUCGAUACGAGAGUUGGAGGCUGCUGCUAAUCCAUUACACUCGAUAGUAACAGCAGAAUCAUAUGGGUUAUCAGUGUCGAAUGCAUCAUAUCAAUCAUCAGAUUAUCGUAAUGACAAUCAGAGCAACUCUAUUCCGAAUGCAACGCCAUCUGUUAAACGACACACCAUACAGGUUGAAUAUGAUGCAAGAAACGUCGUUUAUGAUGAAUGUCCUGAAGAUUUUGAAUUCGUGGAUGGAACUCGACUAAGGGCUGUUGAACCUUCGCCUUUGGCAGAGAAAACUGCUGCUCUUAAUAGUGAAAAGGAUCAAUACUUUAAAGAAGGCGAUGCAGAUGGAUUUACGAUAAAUGAACCUGUUGUAGCGCCGCCUCCUGAUGCUGAUUUAACCCUUGUAAAUGAAUAUGGGACUACAUCAACAUCAAUCUCAUCAGAUAUUGAUAACAGUCCUACGCCCCCCGGAACUCCACCAUCUACCAAUAGAACCUCGACCAAUAAUAAUUCGGGAUUAUUCACUCUGUUUGAAGGGGAUCCCAAAGUCAGCGGCAGCCAUCAAGAUAGUAGUAAUCAUCUAAACGUUCCGAACGCUUUAUCUAGCCGAGAAAUUCAAGCAGACCAGAAAUAUACCCACAAUCAGCAUCAUCAGUAUCCCAAAAAACGGGAUGUCGCGCGCACAAGACCAGUAACAGUGUAUGGAAUGUUAGGAAAUUCUCAAGAUAUCAUAGGAACAGCUACACAAAAGAAAACAUCUCCCGCCGGGACGCCUCCAUUUCCAUCCUCUCCGACUAUCCCUGAUCAUGGCGAAGAGCCUUCGGUUGCUUCAUCAACGAUUGUACACUCUACUAUUCCGCCUCCACCGGCUACUACUCAUAAAAGACCCCAUAAGAGAGCGCCAUCAACUGAAAAGUUAUUUAAAUAUAUGAGCACAAGCAGCAACGCCACAACUGGAACAGCUAGUACAGCAAAUAAUGUUAAUAACACUUUAAUACCUGCCAACGCUACUACAACAAUACAGAGAACUUCACUCCAAGCGGUUGCAAAUGAUGCACCAACGGAUACCACAUCAGACACAACUAGUCUAGUGGAUGAUAGUAGUUUCGUUGAAGAAUUCAAGAAAAGAAAGGCUCCUAGAAGGAAAGCAUUGAGCAUGAUGGUUGAUUCAUUCAGGAACACAUCUGCACCGCAUGCUGCAGCAAGUGCUUCUAGAUUAGACGAUGUGAGCAACAAAGAUAAGAGAAAAAGUCUAAGUGGUAUGCCUUCCGGUAGCAGUUCUAAUGCUGCGAAGAAAGUAAUGGAUUGGUUUAGGAGAAAGUCCUUUGCUAAAAAUCAGGACACAGCUGUUUCUGUAUCACCUGCUGUUCCUACUCAACCAUUAGAUACAACUCAACUCAGUGUUUCGAAUGUUCAACGAAGGAAGACUACUAAACCUAAACGCUCAAAGAAACAGUCAGCUAUUAUUGAUGCAAACAGUAGCAAUGCUUCUUGCGCAUCAUCUGUUUCUACCGUAAAUUCUGUCGCCAAAGUAGAAACUAAGCUACGUGUUCAUCACGGUGCUGUAGAUAAUUCUGCAUUGACGUCAAGACACCCAUACGAAGUCUUUAUAAUUGUUAAACAAACAUUGGUGGGAAUGGGCAUAGAAACCAAGCGAGAAGGAGAAUUCAAGGUCAGAUGUGUACGGCGGAAACGGAAAGAUAACACGCAUAUCUCUAAGGAUAACAACAAACGACACUCCAAAGACAAGAUGAAGGAUAACAUUGGCGUAACAGAUACUAAUGUAGAGGCUGAUAAGAAAAAACGAAAAUAUCCAUCUAGUCCGUUUAAAACAUUAUUGCGGCGCACUAGCUCUACCUCAGCUCAUACUUCACCAUCAUUGGCGCCUCAAAGUGGCAAAUCAAGUGUCGCAAGCACGUCUCCGAGUCUCGUUGCUACUCAGAUUAAUGGUGAUUCGCUAUCUUUGUCGAUUCCCAUGUCGGCAACCGCGAGUAGCAGUGGAGAUGGUAGUCCUCAAUCACCGUCUCCACCAAAUAGUCCACAUUUGGAUCCAGCAAUGACUAUAGUUGUCCCUGAGAUGAACGUUUCUUCCAGUAAUAAUUCGAAUAUGAUUAUGCUUCCAGAGGUUAUAUAUGGUGAUGCAUCGGUGGAUUCGGGCGAUGAGAUACGGUUUUCGGUUGAGCUCUGCAAAAUUGCGAAUUUGCCCGGGCUGUACAUUGUUGAUAUUAGAAGGUUGAAGGGUAAUAUUUGGGGUUAUAAGUUUUUGUAUCAUACUAUCCUAGAAAAACUUGACCUUGGAGGUAAAGGUUAUUUAACUAUCGGCACUAGUGGUGGAUACAUCAUGUAA